AUUGUGAUGUGAUUAUUAGUGGUGGUGGGUGAGUCUCACAAACGAAGAAGAAGUGAGCCGAUUUUGCCGCUUCACCAACCGCUAAUUCACGUUCAUUUCAUGUAUGAUAGAGAUUGAGGAGCAAGUGCAUUAUCUCAUCUCACUAUGAAUGUGCCGUGCUGAAUCCAUUUUCCAAGCUCCUUUCCGUUUCUGAAUCCUCCUUCGCGAAAUCACAAGCUUCCAAUUGCGGAAAUGGCUGGAAUCGCUUGGCCUCCUGAAUCUGAGCUAGAUGAAAUAAGAGAGAUAGUUUCCAAAAUGGCAGAUGUGAGUAAAGAGGAAGUUCGAGUUGUGGUAUCUCCCUAUCGAAUUUGUCCUUUGGGAGCACACAUUGAUCAUCAGGGUGGGAUGGUUUCAGCUAUGACAAUUGAUAAGGGAAUACUUCUGGGGUUUACUCCUUCUGACAGUAAUGAGAUUGUGAUUCGUUCAGGACAGUUUCAAGGGGAAGUCAAGUUCAGGAUUGAUGAGAAUCCACAGCCAAAACGAUCCACGUCAAAAAAUGAGAACACGGUAAAGGAUUCUUCUGUGCUCCAGGAACAAUGUAACUGGGGUCGGUAUGCUAGAGGAGCCAUAUAUGCACUGAAGAGUAAGGGAAACAAUCUUUCUAAGGGUAUCAUAGGAUACAUAUGUGGUUCUGAAGGCCUGGACAGUUCGGGCUUAAGCUCUUCUGCUGCGGUUGGAGUAGCUUACCUCUUGGCUCUGGAACAUGCAAAUAACUUAGUAAUAUCUCCCACAGAAAAUAUUGAAUAUGAUAGGUUAAUUGAAAAUGAAUAUUUGGGUCUGAAAAAUGGUAUAAUGGAUCAAUCAGCUAUAUUACUUUCAAGCCAUGGUUGUUUGAUGUGCAUGGAUUGCAAGACGAAAGAAUAUGAGCUUAUACAUCGACCAAAAGUGGAAGAGAAUGAAGAGAGUGAGGAACCAAAAGCAAUCAAAAUAUUGUUGGCUCUUUCAGGGAUUAGGCAAGCUUUGACUAGCAAUCCUGGAUAUAAUAAGCGAGUUGCAGAGUGUCGAGAGGCAGCACGAAUUCUACUAGAAGCAUCUGGAGAUUAUGAAGCAGAGCCCAUCCUAUCUAAUGUUGCACCAGAAGUUUAUGAGACUCACAAGUGCAAAUUAGAACCAGAUCUAGCCAAAAGAGCAGAGCAUUAUUUCUCAGAGAAUAUGCGUGUUUUGAAAGGGAUUGAGGCUUGGAAAAUGGGCAAGUUUAAUCAUUAUGGAAAUCUCAUUGCUGCUUCUGGACGGAGUUCCAUUCAAAAUUACGAAUGUGGUUCUGAACCACUAAUUCAACUGUAUGAGAUCCUUCUGAGAGCUCCUGGCGUACAUGGAGCACGUUUCAGUGGUGCUGGGUUUAGAGGGUGCUGCAUUGCAUUUGUGGAGGCUCCCCUUGCAACCGAAGCUGCUUCAUUUGUUAGAAGAGAAUAUCUAAAGGCUCAACCUGAGAUAGCUAGCCAAAUAAACGAAGACACAGCAGUUGUAAUAUGUGAUUCUGGUGAUUGUGCACGUGUAAUUUGAACAGCAUUUUUCUGUUGCUUCCACUUAAUCAAGGUCCAGGGUUCGUGUAUUGUGUAUGGAAAAAACAUCUGCCGGGAGAGCUAAUCCUACCAGGAUGUUGAUGUUCCCGGCCCGAAGAGGAUUGCCUCCGGUGCAGGAUAAAUGGAGUCUUCUUCAUUCUUUCAUUUAUGUAUCUAUUGAUUUUUCUCUUUGUGGGGUUUAAGUUGCCAAUUUUAAAAGAAUGUAAACUACAAUGGAUCAAUACUAAGAUUUAGAAUGCAGCAUUACAGCAAGCAAUGUCCUAAUGCAUGAAAUGAUCUUUAGAACA